AUGUUUGGAUUCCACAGUCAGUGCACUCUGACUCUGAAUCCAGAGUUGGAUGCCCUGGAGGUCCCUCCUCUCACCCCGACCAGUAAGGAGGUCCUCAGCCAGGCAGUGAAGGCCAGUUUUGCUGGAUUUGCCCAGGAGAGAAUCAACCAUCACUUCCCACAGGAUCCUACCUUGUGGUCUGAGUGGGAGGUGAACUACUGGCUGGACUGGUGCCAGGCUGAGUUUGGUCUCCACUGCCUGGGUUCAGACCUGAGAGGCCUGCAGGGUAGUGAGCUGUGUGGCCUGGACAGAGAGGCUUUCCUGGGCCUGAUGUCCGACUGUACUGCAGGAGAGAUCCUGUGGGAGCAUCUGGAGGAUAUGAGGAGAGAAAACUACUCAGACUAUGUUCAGGACCAUUCAGACAAACAUAGUUACCAUGUUGAGUAUCAUCUUACUGAGAGGACAGACCUUCACCCUCUGGACCCUGAAGCUGUACAAAAUGAAGACUACUAUCUGAUCAAAACAGAGGAUCCCAGCAGGAACAUGACCACCACUGCUCUGCUGCAGGAAACAGGAGGAAAUGGAGAGACAGACUCAGAAGUGGAGAUUGCUAACAGUGACGACUCUGACAUUGUGAGCUCUCUUUCUUGGCCUGCUCCGCUCCAGGAUAUAGACCCAGACCCAGAAGAGACCAUGUCUGAGGAUGUCUUUACUUUACCACAGCAACACAGGAGCUUCAAAGAAUAUGUAGGCAACAAAACAGAUCUGGGCAGAGCUGUGAUACCAGCAGCUAUCCUUGCUGGUUACACUGGAAGUGGUCCCAUUCAGCUGUGGCAGUUUCUACUGGAGCUUCUGACAGACCGCAGCUGUCAGUCAUGUAUAAGCUGGACAGGAGAUGGGUGGGAGUUCAAGCUGACGGACCCUGAUGAGGUGGCCCUGCUGUGGGGUCGGAGGAAGAACAAGCCCAAGAUGAAUUAUGAGAAGCUGAGUCGCGGCCUACGAUACUACUAUGACAAGAACAUCAUCCGCAAGACGGCCGGCAAACGCUAUGUCUACCGCUUCGUCUGCAACCUGCAAGGCCUGCUGGGAUAUGAGCCCCGGGAGCUGCACGCCAUGUUGGACAUCCGUAAUACGAGUCACAAAUGA